AUGGAUUCUAACGCACAGAAAACGGCCACUACCUCGACGAAAAAGGAAGACGAUCGUGUCAUUGGAGAAAUCAUGAGCGUCUCACAGAAGAUAUGCUACACCAGAUACAGCUCCCCCUUCUGGCAAGUUGUCAUAGUGAGUAUAGUUGCCUUUGGAUGCCCUGGCAUGUACAAUGCACUCUCUGGUAUUGGGGGAGGUGGCCAACUGGACACUACCACACAGGCAAAAGGCCAUAUUGCUCUUGCUUCUGUCAGUGCAGCUGGAAACAUAUUUGUCGCUCCAGUACUGACAAACGUUCUCGGACCGAAAUGGACGAUCUUUAUUGGCGGUAUUCCAUACAUUUUGUAUGCUGGUUCACUACUGGCCUACAACCAUACCUCCAACCAGGGCUUUGUAAUUGGUGCUAGUGCUAUUCUUGGUAUUGGAGCAUCGUUGCUGUGGAUUGCACAAGGUGCAAUCAUGACUGGAUAUCCCCUACCCCAGCAGCAGGGCAGGAUGAUUGGCAUCUUCUGGAUUAUUUUCAACCUGGGUGGAUUUCUGGGUUCCAUAAUUUCCUUUGGUUUAAACUUCAGCUCCAAAUCGGGCUCCGUUUCUGAUUCGACGUAUAUUGCAUUCAUGUGCAUCAUGGCCUUUGGAUGUAUAUGUGCCCUUGCACUUCUCCAACCUUACAACGUCAUUAGAGAAGAUAAUUCCCGUGCGGCCGUUCUUCGGAAGCCCAGUGUUUGGGGUGAAUUUGUAGAGACAUUGAAGAUUUUAAAGGACUGGAGGGUCGUGUCUCUUGUUCCUUUCUGGAUGGCUGCAAAUUAUGCAUACAACUACCAGCAGAACACCUACAAUGCUAAACUGUUCACGAUCCGAACCCGAAGCUUCAACGGCGGAAUGUACUGGCUAGCUCAGAUGGUCUCAAGCUACAUUUUUGGUCUCUUUCUCGAUAAUAAAUGUAUGAAUCGGCGCCAGCGUGGUAUAUGGGGCUUUAUAAUCACCGCAAUCAUUUCCAUGGUUGUCUGGGGUGGCGGGCUGGCAGCACAGCUCAGACGUGGGCCAAGCAGCUCCUACUACGGCCUUAACGAAAUGGAUCUCAUCGAAUCCGGCCCCAAGUACGCUGGGCCAUUUCUGUUAUAUUUCUUCUACGGGAGCUUUGAUGCUAUCUGGCAAACCCUGGUCUAUUGGACCAUUGGUUACUUAUCGCAUGAAUCACCUGAACAAGCGGCACGGUACGUAGGAGCCUUCAAAUGCGCCGAGGCGGUGGGUAGUGCGAUCGCGUCUAAGGUGAACUCAACAAAAACGAAUUACAAUGUGGAGUUUGCGGUUGACUGGGCUUUUGUGGUUUUCGCUCUGAUCUGGGUGAUCCCGUUUGUGCGGUCGAUCCAGGAAGUUCCUGCACAUGCCGGCCAGCAGACAGCGUAUGUACAUAAGGGCGAAGACUUGGAUGAGACAGCCUAA